AUGGCUACUAUCCUCUCCACUACGCUUCUCAAUCUCUUCUUAAUCCCAUCUUUCUUUCUCGCUCUCCUUCUCACCCCAGCUUGCAAAGCCGACAACAUCUUAUAUUCUGGUGAAACUCUCGGCCCUAACGAAUCUCUGGAAUAUGGGAACUCUCGUUUUAUAAUUCAAGAAGAUUGCAAUCUGGUCUUAUAUGAAGCCGGAAUCGCCGUUUGGUCAUCCAACACCACCCACAUAGCCACUAAUUGCCAUUUGACCCUGCAUACUUUUGGGAACCUUGUGGUAUAUGAUCCCGAAGGAAGUGCACUUUGGGAUAGUAAUACCUCCGGAUUGCCAGCCUUAAGGGUUAGAAAUGUAGUCAUCUAUGGUGGGGCCAUUUGGGCUACUGCUACUAAUGCAGAUGGGAACAAUGCAACGCCAGUGGUCAGCGCCGCUGAAACCAUUCGCACCACUUUGGUUGAUGAAUCUGAGAUCAGCACAGGCAUCUGA